AAUGAGUAGGAUUCUAUGUUUUCACAAGCAAAAGUGUUUUGUUUUGUGUGUUUUUUAAUUUAAAAAAAAUUACAAAUUCUUUAUCUGCCUUCCCAAUAAAAACUAGUUUGAAAAUUCAAACGUUUAUUUUAUGGAAUAAAUAUUCCUGGAUGAUGUAACCUUGUUGACAACAUGACCGAGCGGUGCAAAUUACUGUUUGAUUUGAGAUGGGCGCUUCGCCCGAUGAUAUGACGGGACAUAUGCGUGUAAACCCCGGGCCAGAUUAAUCGAACCCCCUCAAUAACUCUGACUGUAAAAAAUGAUCAAUACUAGUGGGCGGGUCUUCUCAGUUCUUACAUCUCAAACUUUUCACAAAGCGCAGAAACAGGGAAUUUGGCUUUCACAGUUGGGUUCCGACUCGAGUGUCCGGUGUACUGCUCCCCUUUGUGAUAAAAUGAGUUUAUCAUACACCGGAACAGAAAGAAAACGUUGAAUGCAGUCAUGUUUGUGUUGAGCUCCCGAGUGGCGCAGCGGUCUAAGGCACUGCAUCUCAGUGCAAGAGGUAUCACUACAGUCCCUGGUUCGAAUCCAGGCUGAAUCACAUCUGGCCAUGAUUGAGAGUCCAAUAGGGUGGCGCACAAAACGCCCAGGGUAGGCCGUUAUUGUACAUAAUAAUUUGUUCGUAACUGACUUGCCUAAAAAAAUAAAAACCCUAUUUCUCGUCAGUAUGACAAGUCACAAGGGCAGUGACGGAAUUUCAGAUAAAAUGAGUUUAACAAACCGGAGCAGAAAGAACAAAGUUGAAUGCCGUCAAGUUUGUGUUGACCAUAUUCCGCGUCAGUAGGCUACUUCCCAUCGCUGCAAAACCAGUUUGACAAGUCAUAAGGGAAGUGACGGAAUAUCAGAAGUGUUUUCCUUCGCGUUUUCUACAGCCCUACUGUAACACCUCAAUUAUAACUUAUAUGUGCCAUAUUAAGUAUGAAUAGUCCGCGAAGGGACAACAAGUCUUCUCCAGUGGUUCCUCCCAGACCCAGCAGUGAGGUAGGACACUGAUUGAAUACACACACUAGAGCUGGAACGAUAGACCGAAAAGUAUCGAACAGACCGAUCACUUAUCGCAGGCAUUUUGCUGAUCUCGGAUCAUUGCGGAGAUGAGCAACCCAACCGCACACUGCUUGAACAAAGAGAAUGAUACAAGCAGUAACUCACAGAGGACUGGGAUGAUGGGAGUCAUGCAGAAAGUCAACCCGUUCAAAACCAGGACACAGGUUACUACAUCAGCCUCCUCUACAGCCAGUACAGCUACAGAUCCAGUGUCAGAGAAGACUGUGGAUGGAAAUGUCCCUGAAGUGAAACAGAACCUGGGUAUGUUUAAAGGAGUGACACAGAAAGUCAACCCAUUCAGGUCCUCUACACAGGCGAGAAAAGAGGACCCUCCAAAAGACACUGUGGAUCAGGAAAAGCUACCAGAAGGCAAACAGGUCUUCCAGAACCCUGGAAUGUUUACGGGAAUGAUGCAAAAAGUCAACCCUUUCAAAUCUACAGCACCGACACAGUCGAUACACAGUGAUCUGUCCUCCAGUGCUGGCAGUCUGGCCGAGAACACCACAACAGAAAGACAAGUGAGAAAGGAGGAUCCUUCGACAGACACUGUAGAUCACCAAGCGACAGCGAAGCUACCUGAAGCCAAGCAGAACCCUGGAAUGUUCACGGGAAUGAUGCAGAAAGUCAACCCAUUCAAGUCUACAGCACCGAAUCAGGAUACUCAGGCCGUACACAGCAAUCUGUCUUCCAGUGCUGACAGUCUGGCUUCUACAGGAAGACAGGUGAUAAUAACGGAUGACCCUCUAACCGACUGUGUGGAUCACCAUGCCACAGAAAAGCUACCAGAAAGCAAACCGCAGCAGAAUCCUGGAAUGUUUAUGGGAAUGAUGCAAAAAGUCAACCCUUUCAAAUCUACAACACCGAUUCAGGACACCCAGUCCAUACACAGUGAUCUUUCUUCCAGUUCUGGCAGUCUGGCUGAGAGUAACAGUUCUGCAGGCAAACAGAACCCUGGGAUGUUCAAGGGAAUGAUGCAGAAAGUCAACCCAUUCAAGUCUACAGCACCGACCCAGACUCAGCCGUCAUACAGCGAUUCAUCCUCCAGUUCUGACAGUCUGAGUGACACCGGCGUCUUCAGUCCUGCGGAGAAUCAGACCGUGUGGUACACAGAAAACGAAGCAACUUCUUCAGUGAAAAGUGGACCUCCACCACCACAAGAAAAUAAGAAAAGGACUGGGACAUUCCACAUCCGAAGGAUUCUCCCUGGUGCCCUGUUUGGCUCUGAAGCUAAAAAUACUGAUGCUCAGCCCACAGCCCAGGCAGGCCUAGUGGAUGUUCAGACACUGGAGAUGGCUGCAGUGCCAGUACCUGGUGAAGGAAACCCACCGGACAGUGAGGAUAGGGAGGAAGGUCUUAUGGAUUGGUGGCAAACAGUAGAGGGUUGGGAAACGUGGAAGGAGUCCAACACCUUUGACGCGGAUGAAGGCGAGAUGGCAGUGGAGGCGGUGGCGGAUCGUGUCUUCAUGGCGGCCCGUCUCUUCGUGCGUCUCUUCAACCAGCGCGGGGCCUCCUUACAGCAACGCAUCCUGGAGCUCCUAUCAUUGGCCGACGCCGCCGACAGCUUCCACAAGAAGACUGUGAAGGCCAGCGUGGGGGGCGGAGUCGCCAGCGUUGCUGGGAGCAUCACCACUAUCACCGGCCUCAUCUUGGCGCCGUUCACCAUGGGAACGUCGCUCAUCGUCACGGCGGUGGGCAUCGGCGUUGCGACGGCGGGCGGGGUAGCGUCAGCCUCUGCAAAUAUUACCGAUACGGUGCACUCCAAGACAGACAGGAAGAAGGUGGAGAAGAUGAUUCAGGAUUACCAGGAGGAGAUGAAGGAUAUCAAGGAGUGUCUGGACUUUUUGCAGGUCGGUAUGGAGACCCUGGAGGAGUGGGACUUUGAUCAGUACGUGGACAGCAUCUCUAAGAAAUAUCUCAACCAGAAUGUCAAACACGUGAUGAAGGAGGGUGGCCGGGCCGGCAAGGCAUUACUAAUCAACACAGAAAGUCUGAUCAACACCGUGCAGGUUCUCAACGUGGCAGGCGGAGCGGCCAAGGCAGCCCAGGUGAUGAGUGUCACCACAGGAGUAAUGUCGGGUCUCUUCCUGGCCCUGGAUGUGUUCUUCCUGGCAAAAGACUCCAUCGAGCUCAACAAAGGAGCCAAGACGGAGUUCGCUGGGAAGAUCAGGGAAGUGUGUAAGGAUCUUCAGAAUGGACUGUUGGAGCUCAACCGCAUCAAAGAGCAACUGCAGAAAACUAUGGAUGGGAUCGAGGUGGUGGAGGAAGAGGAGGAGGAGGAGGAGGAGGAGGAGGAGGAGGAGGUGUACGAGUCUGAUCCAGAGAAACUGGCCCAGUUGGAAGAAUGAGUGAAGGAAGAGAGGGAGGGAGGGAGGGAAGAAAGUUUUCGGUAGUGAAACCGAAGGCGUUUGACCAAAAAUGUUGACCAAUUUGAUUUGUUACUUAUUCCUUUACAUGCAGUAGACCUAUAAUCUGUGCUAUGUUUCAGCCAAAAAGGUGCCUGGAAUGUUUUUGACAUGGCCAAACUUUGCCAAAUUGCCACUUUAUUUUUCAGUUGAGAAUGUAGUGCCUUAUUUAAUGUAACACUGAUGGUGUCACUAGUCUUCUUAUUUCUAUAUUUUGCUAAUUUUUAUGACUGGUUUAGUAGGGGAGAGUUUGGAAUGAUUACCCAUUUUUUACAUUCAGCAUCACUAGGUCAAACUAAAUAUAGUAUUGUUUCUCACAAAGAUAUUGAAAUAUAUUUCAGGAUGUCAUGCAUCUCUGGAAAUAAUCAGAAUUCAAUGUAAACAAAACACCUUUGAAAACACAGCUUGUCCAACAAAAGUAGUCACUUGGUUUUGGGGUAAAAUGAGCAUAGGGACACAUUUGUAACACUUUGUAUUUAAAAAAAAAACACUUUUAACGUAGGCUCAGGCCCUGGUUUAAACUCAUAUCCCAGUGAUAAUGCCUUGCAUUACGCCUAGGAAGAAAACACUUCAUUUGAGGGCCUAAAGGGGGGGGGAUGAACCUAACUGAGGAAGGCAUUUUUCAUCAUUUGAGUAAUUAUGACUAAUCAUACGGAUGGCGAGGUGUCUUCAAAAAACUAUGCUUGUUAUGCAUAAAACUGACAAUGUAAUAAUCAUUUUUUAUGGGGUAUAUUUAUAGCCAAUGGCUCAAUUUGACCCUGGCAACAAUUCUGACUAUAUUAGCCCACACAAGGAUGCACUUUCAUGCUUCUGUUGGUAUAAGACUUCAAUUUUAGUUUAUAAAGACCCCAAAUGAUGUAUAGAACAAUCUACUUUAGUUUAGAUACAAGCAGUGGUGUCAAGUACUUAAUAAGUAAAAAAUACUUUAAAGUCCUACUUAAGUAGUUUUUGGGGGUAUCUGUACUUUACUAUUCAAAUUUUUGAAAACUUUUACUUCACUACUACACUCCUAAAGAAACCUAUGUACUUUUUACUCCAUACAUUUUACCUGACACCCAAAAGUGACAUUUUGAAUGCUUAGCAGGACAGGAAAAUGGUCUAAUUUACACUUUUACCAACAGAACAUCCCCGGUCAUCCCUACUGCCUCUGAUCUGGGGGACUCACUAAACACAUGCUUCGUUUGUAAAUGAUGUCUGAGUUGGAGAAUGCCCCCGGCUAUCAGUAAAUACAAUAAAAACUGGAACAUGUGGCCAUCUGCUUUGCUUAAUAUAAGGAAUUUAAAAUGAUUUAUACUUUUACUUUUGAUACUUAAGUACAUUUAGCAAUUACAUUUACUUUUGAUUACUUAAGUAUAUUUAAAACCAAAUACUUUUAGACUUUUACUCAAGUAGUAUUUUACUGGGUGACUUGAUUUUACUUGAGUGUAUUUUCUAUUAUACUCAAGUAUGAUAAUUGGGUAAUCUUUCCACAACUGGAUACAAGCAUGAUGAAACCUAUAACACAAAUUAAUUUGACUUUGUGAAAAUAUGUUUUUUGGAACAAACUUGUUUAACACUUUUUCCAUGUGGGUUCUUACCUCUUCCUAACUCUUCCAGUCAUUCAAGGGUUUUUCUUUAGUUUGACUAUUUUCUACAUUGCAGAAUAAUAGUGAAUACAUAAACUAUCAAAUAACACAUAUGGAAUCAUGUAGUGACCAAACAAGUGUAAAACAAAUCAAAAUAUAGUUGAGUUUCUUCAAAGUAGCCACCCUUUGUCUUGAUGACAACUUUGCACACACUUGGCAUUCUCUCAACCAGCUUCAUGAGGUAGUCACCUGGAAUGCAUUUCAGUUAACAGGUGUGCCUUGUUAAAAGUUAAUUUGUGGAAUUUCAUUCCUUAAUGCUGAGCCAAUCAGUUGUGUUGUGUCAAGUUAAGUCUGGUAUACAGAAGAUAGCCCUAUUUGGUAAAAGACCAAGUCCAUAUUAUGGCAAGAACAGCUCAAAUAAGCAAAGAAAAAUUACAGUCCAAGAUUACUUUAAGACAUGAAGAUCAGUCAAUUCUGAAAAUCUCAAGAACUUUGAAAGUGUAUUGAAGUGCAGUUGAAAAAAAACAUCAAGUGCUAUGAUGAAACUGGCUCUCCUGAGGACCGCCACAGGAAGGAAGACCCAGAGUUACCUCUGCUGCAGAGGAUAUGUUCAUUAGAGUUACCAGCCUCAGAAAUUGCAGUCCAAAUAAAUGUUUCACAGAGUUCAAGUAACUGACACAUCUCAACAUAAACUGUUCAGAGGAGACUACGUGAAUCAGGCCUUUCUGGUUGAAACCACUGCUAAAGUAGACCAAUAAUAAGAAGAGACUUGCUUGGGGCAAAAAACAUGAGCAAUGGACAUUAGACCAGAGGAAAUAUAUCCUUUGGUCUGAUGAGUCCAAAUGUGAGAUUUUUGGUACCAACUGCCGUGUCUUUGUGACACACAGAGUAGGUGAACAUAUGAUCACUGCAUCUGUGGUUCCCACCUUGAAGCAUGGAGGAGGAGGUGUGAUGGUGUGUGGGUGCUUUGCUGGUGACACUGUCAGUGAAUUAUUUAGAAUUCAAGGCACACUUAACUGGCACGGCUACCACAGCAUUCUGCAGCGAUACGCCAUCCCAUCUGGUUUGCGCUUAGUGGGACUAUCAUUUGUUUUUCAACAGGACAAUGACCCAAAACACCUCCAGGCUGUGUAAGGGCUAUUUGUCCAAGAAGGAGAGUGAUGGACUGCUGCAUCAGAUGACCUGGCAUCCACAAGCACCCAACCUCAACCCAAUUGAGAUGGUUUGGGAUGAAUUGGACUGUUUAGUGAAGGAAAAGCAGCCAACAAGUGCUCAGCAUAUGUGGGAACUCCUUCAAGACUGUUGGAAAAGCUCUCCAGGUGAAGCUGGUUGAGAGAACGCCAAUGGUGUUCAAAGCUGUCAUCAAGGGUGGCUACUUUGAAGAAUCUAAAAUAGAUUUUGAUUUGUUUAACACUUUUUUGAUUACUACUUUUUUGAUGACUAUUACUGAUUCCAUGUGUUAUUUUAUGGUUUUGAUGUCUUCACUAUUAUUCUACAAUAUAAAAUAAAGAAAAAUCCUUGAAUGAGUAGGUGUGUCCAAACUUUUGACUGGUACUGUAUUUGUCACAUGGCAGAGCUACCCCUUUGGAACAACUUACCCCACUUUCCCCUACUGUGAAAUAUAUCGUUUUUUUGUUUUAGUUUAAUAGUAAUUUAGUUGAAUAGUAAUAUAUUUGUAUUGUAAUAUUGUAGAUUAAAUGUGAUAUUUUUUAUUUAUACAUGUAGUAGGACCAAUAGAUAUGUUUGGGACUAUGAUAAAUCAAGUCUUUUUCCGAACUUGGUAAUAAAGGAUUUCUCACUUAA